ACUGGAGGUGAGUGCACGCUCCCACUGCAGAGGCGCGUGACACUGCAGGGGAGGACCCGGCGCGCGCCUGCUCGCCCCCGACACCUCGUCCCACUGCAGACUUUUUUCCCCCGGACCCGGACGGACGUGAGGAGUCGGAACCGAGCGAGCAGCGAUGGCCGAGUGGGGGUUCCCGCGUCUGCGCCGGGCCGCGACUUCCUUCCCAGGCAACCUGCACUUGGUCCUGGUGCUCCGCCCCUCCACCUUGCUAGGCUCCGCCCCCAGCCCGUCCUCAAGCACGGACCUGGGCUUCCGCUUCAGCCAGGAUGACUUCCUGUUGAAGAUGCCGGCGGUGAUGCUGCGCUCGGUGGGCGACCUGCUGCGCUACAUCGACGACAACCGCCUGGCAUCGGGGUCGCGCGGCGAAGCCGAGCGGUGUCGCAGCGACUGGAUCGUGCUGCGAUCGGCCAUCGAGACGUUUGCCGUGACGGUGAAGGAGGUGGCCCAACUCCUGCAAGGUUUCGGUUCGGAGUUGUCGGACGGCGAGCUCCCCGACGAGGCCAACGCCAUCGACUUCCUGCUGCGCUCGCACACGCAGCGAUAUCGCCACAUGAAGAGCGACAUCCGAGGGGUCCUGAAGGAAGGUCGCCUCCUGCUGGACAACCUGGAGACACUGAAAGUGUCCAAGAGGACGGCGGAGGACCAGAAAGAGGAGGAGGAGGAGGAGGAGGACGUCCAAGCGGACAUGGAUACGGUUCAAAGGCUGCUGGCUCAGCUGCGAGACAUGGAGGAGGCCUUCGAUGGUUUCUUCGACAAGCACCACUUGAAGCUGCAGCAGUACCACCAGCUCAUUCUCUACGAGAGCAGCUUCCAGCAGAUGGAGGAGGAGCUGGAGAAGAUCUCAGCGGAGGAGAAGGCCAUCAUGUCGGUGGGCAGCACGCUGAUGCACACUGAACAGCUGCUGAAGGACCUCAGCACCCUGGACCAACGAGCACAGGAAGCGAUGGCGCGCGCUCAGGUGCUGCUGCUGCACGGCCACCAGCUGGCCGCCAACCAUCACUACGCCUUGGCGCUCAUCAUCCAGCGCUGCAACGAGCUGCGACAUCACUGUGACAUCAUCAGUGGCGGCGUGCGCAGCAAGCGAGCCUCGCUCACCCGCACACGGGACCUGCUGCUGCGCCUGGACCAGGCGCUGCGCUGGUGUGACGAGGGCGCCUACCUGCUGGCCAGUCAGAUGGUGGACAAGUUCCAGACCCGGGAAGGAGCCCAGGAGGCCUUGCACUACCUGAGCUGCCACCAGGAGAGGGCGCCACCUGUCAUUAAGAACAAGCAAGACUUCCCCAGUCUGGAGUUUGAGGCUAUCCUCACCCCGCAGCUGCAGGACCAGAUCUCCAUGGUGACGGACAAGCUGACGUCCGUGCAGGCCAUGAUGCGAAACAGGGAGCAGUGUCUCAGGAAGAUGGCCGACGUGCGGGUCAGACCCAUCCAGCUGGUGGCGCCGCGGCCCGAGGCCGAGCAGACUCUUCAGCGCUGCAAGUCGCCCCUCUUCUCCCCCAAGCAUGGCGUGGACUUCAACCUCCUCAACUCCAAGUUCUCCUUCGACCUUCUUCCUGGCAAGAGAACGUCGAGGAGGAGCGGCGGCCAGCGUAAGAUUGAGGUGAUGCACGACUACCAUGGCCACCGCAGUACUCUGUAUGGCUCCGCCCCCGACACCGACUCGGAGGCGGAGGACAAUCCUGAGCAAAUCGCACGUCACGUCAUGAAGGAGCUGAUCUACACGGAGAAGAUCUACGUGGACGAGCUGCUCACCGUGCUGCUGGGUUACCGAGCAGAGAUGGAGGACCCGUCCAUGGCGUACCUACUUCCGUCCCUCCUCCUCAGUCAGAAGGACAUCCUGUUCGGCAACAUGCCCGAGAUCUACCAGUUUCACAGCAGAAUCUUCCUGCAGGACCUCCAGCGUUGUCUGGACACACCGGAGAGGGUGGGGGGGUGCUUCCUGCUGCGGAAAGACAAGUUCCAGGUGUACGAGCGCUAUUGCCAGAACAAGCCUCGCUCCGAGUCGCUAUGGCGACAGUGUUCUGACUCCGCCUUCUUCCAGGAGUGCCAGAAAAAACUGGAUCACAAGCUGGCCUUGGACUCGUACCUCCUGAAGCCGGUCCAGCGCCUCGCCAAGUACCAGCUCCUCCUCAAGGAGCUCCUCAAGCACUGCAUGCAGCUGGAGUACCGCACGCAACUCCAGGAGGCGCUGGACUGCAUGCUGGACCUGCUCAAGUCCCUCAACGACUCCAUGCACCAGACCGCCAUCACCGGAUACCAGGGCGACCUGGGCGGUCUGGGUCGGGUGCUGCUGCAGGGCGGCUUCAGUGUGUGGGUGAGCCACAAGAGGGCGGCGGUGCUGGGCCGCUUUAAGCCCAUGCAGAGACACGUCUUCCUCCACGAGCGCGCCCUGCUCUUCUGCAAGCGGCGGGACGAGCGCACGCCCGUCUACAGCUUCAAGUCCUGCCUGAGGAUGAACUCCGUGAGAGUGACGGAAAACGUGAAAGGGGACGCCAAGAAGUUUGAAAUGUGCGACACUGCGGGACACCAAGUCUACGUCCUGCAGGCCCCGAGUGUGGAGGUGAAGGACACCUGGCUGACAGAACUUCAUAAAAUCAUUAGUCAGCAACAAAAAGGUUUAUAUGAUCUUAUACCUGUUCCUAGCGGCGAAUGUGACGCGUCGAUUGUCGUGUGUGUGUGUGUGUGUGUGUGUGUGUGUGUCAGUGCGUCCGAGGUGUGUGUCUCGUGGGGCGGAGCAUCGUCGGGAGGCUGCUCAGCGUGUCUUCCUGUUACUCACAGCUCGUCGGCCACAAGCCACGCCCACCGAUGGGAGGAGUUUGCGCACACCAGCCCCGCCCACUCCGACCCCGUGGUCCACUCGCCUCGCCGCGGUUGGCCCGUCCCCGCCUGCGACGGCCUGGAGGACUGGGGCGCCACCGACCUGUCGGACUCCGAGGACGAGGACGAGGACGAGGACGACCUCCCCGUCCCUCUGGUGUCGGGCAGUUACCGGGUGCUGGUGGCGAGCAGCAUGGCCAGCAGCGAUGACAUCAUCUUCAACUGCGGCGACGUCAUCCAGCUGAUGCACCAGGACAUGUCGGGAAUGUGGCUGGUGAGGAACCUGAGCCGGGGCGAAGAAGGCCGGGUUCUGCCCGAGGACCUGCACAGGAUUCUGGGAGAGACGUGCUGAGAGACAAUCUUCCUCACUGCGAGCACAACUGUUGACGUCACCCCCAACAGGAAGUCGUGCCAAACUCUUUCCGCUUGUGUUUGCUAGCUAGAAAAAAAAAAAAAGGGGGCGGGGCUUCACAAGUGCCUUAAACGAGAGGCGUUGUGCCCUCUACCGACCUAGGAUUUAGACUCCUCCCCCAGCCUGCCUCGCACUUUGUUCUUGUCCCAUGCUCGCAAUAGGAUUUUCACAAUAAAAGCACACCAUUGUUUAAAGGCCUACUGAAAUGAGAUGUUCUUAUUUAAACGGGGAUAGCAGCUCCAUUUUAUGUGUCAUACUUCAUCAUUUCGCCAUAUUUUUGCUGAAAGGAUUUAGUAGAGAACAUCGAUGAUAAAGUUUGCAACUUUUUGUCGAUAAUAAAAAAGCCUUGCCUGUACCGGAAGUAGCAGACGAUGUGCACGUGACGUCACGGGUUGUGGAGCUCCUCACAUCUGAACGUUGUGUACAAUCAUGGCCACCAGCAGCCAGAGCGAUU